CAUACCGCUACAUAUUAUAGAAGAGGACAGCUAUGAGAAGGAUGUUUUAUUCUACGUCAAUAUCGGGGAACCGGAGUUACUCGGAGAUGGGUUUGAGACGGACCAGCCGGAUGCGUCCGCGUCUCUCUUUGAAGAUAACGACGCGCCAAUGGCAACUGGCAAUGAAGCCAACCAUUUGGCAACAUUGCCAGAAGAAGAAGCAGUAGUUGCCAUGAUGGGUCUGCCAAAAUCUGGCGAGAUCACCAGAGCACAGUUGAGAGUUAAGGAGAGCAAAGAAUUUAAGAAUACAGUGGACAAAUUAGUGCAGAGAGCGAAUGCAUCAAUAAUAAUAGGAACGUCAUCGUGGAAGGAACAGUUCUCGGAGGCUCUCACCGCCAGUUCAGGUUCAGACGACCCUGACGAACCUCCGUCGUGGUCAGACUACGUUCUUCAUGUAGUCACGUUGUUUUGGAAGAUAAUUUUCGCGUUAAUUCCACCUACAGAUAUAGGCGGCGGUUACGUGUGUUUCGUGGUAUCAAUUAUCUGCAUCGGCGUGGUCACUGCCGUCAUUGGUGACGUCGCCUCACACUUUGGCUGCACGCUCGGCAUCAAGGAUUCGGUUACCGCCAUCGUAUUUGUUGCCCUUGGCACCAGUAUACCUGACACGUUCGCGAGUAAAGUGGCAGCGAUCCAGGAUAAGUAUGCGGACGCGUCCGUUGGCAACGUCACGGGAUCGAAUGCUGUGAACGUGUUCCUCGGGAUUGGUGUGGCGUGGACCGUCGCUGCUCUGGUACACUGGAGCAAGAACGAGACGUUUCACGUAGAACCGGGGAAUCUCGCAUUCAGCGUCACGAUGUUCUGCAGCGAGGCAGCCUUGGCGGUCCUUGUGUUGGUCCUCAGGAGGAGGAAGAGCAUCGGAGGCGAGCUCGGAGGACCCCGCUGCAUCAAAAUAGUGACUUCCAUCUUCUUCUUCUCUCUCUGGCUAGUUUACCUCACCAUGUCCAGUUUAGAGGCUUAUGACGUCAUCACAGGAUUUUAGAGAUCUACUUUUUGCAUACUGGUAAAGCUUUCUUCAUUAUCAAUACUACCAAACAGAUUUAUCCAAUUGAAAUGUAAAUACGAUGUGCUGUGAAUUUUUAGAAAGGGUUGGAGAAUGAAGGUAAAUAUUUGAGAUCCUUGGAACAUCAAACCACGCCCUAUCUUUAAAAGUUCAAGAUUUAUGAUUUACAUUUGCAGAAUCACUAAUAAAAUUUACGCAAAACUGGCAAAUUCUUUUGGUUACCUACAUUCUACUACAGAAAUACGAAUAUUUUUAUUUAUAAAAAGAAUUCUUACAGAACAUAAUUAUUAAAAAUCUGUUUUCUUUACAAUUAUAUAAGAAUAUUUAUCUAGUAAUCGUCCAUUAACUCGCAAAAUUAUUUGUUACGAAUAAAAACAAACCUUCCUUGGGCCAUUUAAGCCUCAAAAACGAUUGUUUGCCAAACAAUCAUGGCUUCCAUUCGACGGAAUGGUUUAAUAUCGUCCGUAAAUAUUUCCCCUAUUCGUAAAUGAAAAAUUUAUAUAUAUGCUCAAAUAUGUACAGAUAUUAGCAAAAAAAUUCUAUGUAUUCCACUUUUUCUUCUAGAAUAUUUCAAUUUUACUAAAGCUGAUAAUAAUCGUCAAAUGUAGCCUUGGAGGCUGUGGUAUGUAUAAUCGUAGAUAUAAUUCUAUGCGUCAUUAAUCGAUAUUCGAUAUAUCGAUAGUAUCGAUUUUAAAUAAAUUUGUGGAAGAAUUUGUUUUAUAAAAGAUUAAAAAUAUUUAUUUUCGACGCCAAUCAACGCCUGCUUAUUAAUUUCCCUCGCUCAGUUUAAUUAACGUUCCUAAUUAAUUAUAUAAGGUGAUGAAAAAUGAUAUUCUAUAUAUAUCGUCGGGUUUACGUGCUUGGUGUCAAAGAUAAUUGAA